AUGUUGUUCACCACUCCUCUGGUUAUUGCGGCUGCUAUCUCCGUGGCAUCUGCCUCUCCGAUUGAGCGUGAGACUAAGCGAGCUGUUCUGCCCUUGAGACGCAAUGUCAAUGUUUCAUCGAUCAAGAACGUCGUCCAGAAAGGACAAGACCGCAUUGCUGCCAUUAACGGCGUAGAAUCUCUGGUCGUGAAACGUCAGUCAUCUGGUGUUGUCACAAACGAGGAUGUAACUUAUGUUGCGCCUGUUGUGAUUGGCGGCAAGACUUGGGAGCUCAUUGUCGACACUGGAUCUUCAAACACCUGGUGCGGUGCCCAGACUGCCUGUGAGAAGACUGCUACUGGUACUUCUACUGGUCACAAGGUCUCUGUCAGCUACGGAAGUGGUUCUUUCUCUGGCACGGAGUACACAGACACUGUUUCCUUCGCUGGUCUCACUGUCUCGAAACAGUCAAUUGGUGCUGCUUCUACAGCUACCGGAUUCUCUGGUGUCGAUGGUAUCAUUGGCUUCGGUCCAGUUGGCCUCACGUCUGGUACCGUAGCAAGCACCAGCACUGUUCCCACGUUCAUGGACAAUCUCAAGGCUCAAGGAUCCAUCUCCACCGAAGUCCUCGGUGUGUCCUUCAGACCAGAAUCUGGCAGCGAUUCUGACGAUGCCAACGGAGAGCUGACUCUCGGUGGUGUCGACUCUUCCAAGUACUCCGGAACCCUCCAAUACUUCCCCAGGCUCACCAGCGGCACUGCCUCCUCAUACUGGGGUCUCUCAAUCGCCAAGUUCACCUACGGAUCAACCACCCUCCUCUCAUCCGCCACUGGUAUCAUCGACACUGGAACUACCCUGAUCUACAUCCCAACCUCAGCCUACAACGCGUUCCUCUCCGCAACUGGAGGAAAGACCGAUAGCUCGUCAGGCCUUGCUGUUUUCACCACAAAGCCCACCUCCAACUUCGGCAUCACUUUUGGAUCAACUACUUACACUCUUACCCCAGCCCAGUACUUGGUCCCUACCGCACAGUACGCCAACUUUGGUCUCACUUCUGGCAAGUACUAUGCCUGGAUCAACAAUGGAGGUAGCUCUGGUGUCAACACCAUUAUUGGCCAGAAGUUCUUGGAGAACUACUACUCUGUCUACGAUACCACGAACUCCCGAAUUGGUUUCGCUACUGCUGUAUAA